AUGCCUUCCCUCCCCUUGCUCUCUCCCGCCUGGCGCCUGAAGCGCAGCCACCCGGGCUGGAAGCGAGGAGCCGCCGCCGCUGCCCGGACCUCUCGGGGUGGAAGGCCCGACCGCGGUGGUCGGAUCCGCACACCCGGGACCAACGUGACCCGGCACCCUGGGGCCCACGGGCUCUGCGCCCACCAGCGGAAGCCGGAGUUUGGGCCUCGCCGCCCCGCAGACCCCGGGGCGCGGGGACACUGUCCUCCGGUCGCCCCGGUGGCAGUGGGGACCGUGGCCCACUCUCACCUUCUUCUUUCUGCCUGUUGCCUGCAGGGUUCUCCCUACGACCACACGCCGGGCAUGGCGGGCUCCUUGGGGUACCAUCCCUACGCGGCGCCCCUGGGCUCCUACCCUUGGGACCCCGCGUACCGCAAGAACGCCACGCGGGACGCCACCGCCACGCUCAAGGCCUGGCUCAACGAGCACCGCAAGAACCCCUACCCCACCAAGGGCGAGAAGAUCAUGCUGGCCAUUAUCACCAAGAUGACCCUCACCCAGGUGUCCACCUGGUUCGCCAACGCGCGCCGGCGCCUCAAGAAGGAGAACAAGAUGACGUGGACCCCGAGGAACCGGAGCGAGGACGAGGAGGAGGAGGAGAACAUCGACCUGGAGAAGAACGACGAGGACGAGCCGCAGAAGCCCGAGGACAAGGGCGACCCCGCGGGCCCCGAAGCAGGAGGAGCGGAGCCGAAAGCGGCUGCGGGCUGCGAAAGGCUGCAGGGGCCGUCCACCCCCCCCAAACUGUGGUCUCUGGCCGAGAUUGCCACAUCCUCGGACAAGGUCAAGGACGGGGGCGGCGGGAGCGAGAGCUCUCCAUGCCCACCUUGCGCCGGGCCCAUCGCCGCGCAGGCUCUCGGAGGCAGCCGCGCCUCGCCGGCCCCUGCACCGUCACGCUCGCCCUCGGCGCAGUGUCCCUUCCCGGGCGGGACGGUCCUGUCCCGGCCUCUUUACUACACGGCGCCCUUCUAUCCGGGCUACACGAACUAUGGCUCCUUCGGACACCUUCACGGUCACCCUGGGCCCGGGCCAGGCCCCACAACUGGUCCAGGCUCGCAUUUCAAUGGAUUAAACCAGACGGUGUUGAAUCGAGUGGACGCUUUGGCUAAAGAUCCGAAAAUAUUGCGGAGCCAGUCCCAGCUAGACCUGUGCAAAGACUCUCCCUAUGAAUUGAAGAAAGGUAUGUCCGACAUUUAACGCGGGGCUGCGUCGGUCCCGGACUUUCCUAAUUUAUUUAAAAAAACAAAAAAACAAACACAUGGCCUUGGCAGUUAUUUUUCCAUCAACAAGAGAGAAAAAACUACCCCUCCUAUUAAAAAGUUUAUAGUUGAUGGAGAUGGAUGACAUAAAAAUGUAAACAUCUCCACACACACACACACACACACACACACACAAAUGUCUUAACCCACCGAAAAGUUAAAAUAAGGAUUUGUAUUAAAUCUUAUUCUGUAUAUUUAAUGUAGCAUUUUGUAUUUAAAUUGAUAACUCAAUAUCUUUGAAGUAAAUUAUGAAAUUAAGACACCUAUACAGGCAUCUAAUGGUUUUUUUGUAAUAUAAGUAUAUCCAUUUGUGUCCCACCCCCCCAAAAAAAACUGUUUCAUAGUUUAAAAAUACAAGUUUAAUUUAAUUUUUUUACACCUAUUGAUUUUUUUCUGGGUAUGAGCUAAAGUAUUAUUACAGAAAGGAAUCAGGUUAUACUCUUAGAUUUAAAAAGUAAAAAGAAACUGCAGCCGCCUUUGUAAAAUGCAAAGUAUUUAAUUAAAAGAGAUUUUAACAUAA